AUGAAGCGUUUCUGCCACAGCCUCAAAUGCUGGGGCCGCCGCUGCGACUGCAGUGAUGACUCGGAUUCCGAUGGCCAAACACUGCCCCUAGCUAAAGUGGCAUCUAAAGGCGGGCAUAAUGCACCUCCUACAAUGACUUACCCUAAAAAUGUGACAGCCAAAGCCCCAAAGCCAGGUAAAGACCCUAAGCCAGCUGAGCCUAAGAACAAGGUUAAACCUCAGGAAGCCGCCACCGGCAAUGAUGGCAAGUCUCGCACAGAAAUUACACCUGACAUGAGUGAUAUCGAUAUGAACGAUGCCAGUGAUGGUAGAAUAAGUGACAAUCCCUCUCCCCCCAGAUCUGACAGUGAUAUUGAUAUGCCAGAUGCCGAUCCCGGCGAAUUAUUGACCUACCCUCUAGCCCGAAUGUCACAGAAUAGACGUACCUUAUCCAAUGCAGGUGAAAGUGAGUCUUCAUCCGAUGAUGAUGCCUUGUACUUCGGUUCUCCGCGUCCCCGUCCUCCCAUAUCCUUGAGGGCCGCGCACCAGUCUGGCCGAAUCGAACGAUGGAGCCUGAGAUCUUCCAACGACAGCAUGCAAUCCUAUAGCGGUAGGAAGCGGGGGCACGUCGAAGAGGUUGAGGAUGUAAAUCAGGAAUGGAGCCCAGCUCCUAGCUCUCACGGUUCUCCACCCUCGAAGCGUCAGCGCACCAGUGGGGAGAGUUCGACUGAAGGACGGUUUUGGGGACCGGAACUAUUGUUUCCAGAACCACCCACUUCUCCAAAUAUUGCCGCCUCCAGUGAUUCCGAAGACUUCAACACAGACGAUGAGAUGUAUGAAAAGCCUUCUACAACGACAAUCAACCGGUACCGAGAAAAAGGAGCUCAACUACAAGCUUGGUUAGAAGACCCUAACGAACCAGACUGCAAUAUUUCCCCGGCAACAGCAACUCUAGACGACUUGAUGAACGCCCCGCCGCCAGACGUUUUUGAACUCGGAGAAAGCUAUCACCGAGAUCUGGGCGACCUUAUGGACGGAGGCGAACCCGAGUCGACGGGCCUCCCUACCGGGGGAAACAGCGAGAUUCAACUUCCCAAGUCUGAGUACGAUAACAUCCAGUGGAAUGAAUUCGCCAAGGCUGUUUAUGAGUAUGACCACCCCAUGUCCACUUUGAGACUUGGACGCGAUUUCGAAGCUGCGAUGCACGAGUCGUGCAUGAAGGUCGAACGUGGCACUGCUGAGUAUGAGGAACUUCUCGGCACGAAAUUAGGAAAAGCAGCUGCCAUACUUCUUAUAUCAUCUCUCCCUAGAGAAACUGCCGGCGAUGAUUGA